UGGUUGUGUAAUAUAUUUAAUGUGAAGUAUUAUGUGAAAUAUUGCAGGACACAUUCGCCCGUCUCGCGUUACCCCCAGCGCCAAAAUGUUCGCCCUACGCCAGAUGCGACUCCAAGGUAGAAUUCACAUGCCAUAUUCAGCAGCAAGAGCGAAUAUAACACCGAUCUUGCCGGCGCGUGUUCUAAUUAGCCUGCACACACACACUUAUGACCACCGACAGAGGCUAUCACAACAUUGCAAGCACAUGGCAAUUGCAAAGCCGCAAAUGUAUUUGCAGCGAACCAGUUCCACCCUAAGCGCGCCUAAAGAACAGAGUGAAACACCUGAUGGGCGUUCCACAAAGUCCUUGAUGGAGGAAUUGAGCACCAGUGUCAGGCCUUACAAGCAGCUGAUGCGCUUAGAUCGCCCAAUAGGAACGUACCUACUGUUUUGGCCCUGCGGCUGGAGUAUCGCGUUGAGCGCGGAUGCCGGCUGUUGGCCCGACUUAACGAUGUUAGGGUUGUUUGCCACAGGUGCUUUAAUUAUGCGCGGUGCCGGUUGCACCAUCAACGAUCUGUGGGACAAGGACAUUGAUGCAAAGGUAGAGCGUACACGCUCUCGUCCAUUAGCAUCUGGUCAAAUAACACAGUUCGAUGCCAUAGUGUUUUUAUCGGCACAGCUGAGCUUGGGCCUGCUGGUGCUGGUGCAGCUGAACUGGCAGUCUAUACUGCUGGGCGCCAGCUCCUUGGGCCUGGUUAUUACGUACCCGCUUAUGAAACGUGUAACAUACUGGCCACAACUAGUGCUGGGCAUGGCCUUCAACUGGGGCGCCCUGCUGGGUUGGUGUGCCACUCAAGAAAGCAUCAAUUUAGCCGCCUGCCUACCGCUUUAUCUUUCGGGUGUAUGCUGGACUAUUGUAUAUGACACGAUCUAUGCGCACCAAGACAAGCUUGACGAUUUGCAAAUUGGCGUUAAGUCGACGGCUCUGCGAUUCGGCGAAAAUACGAAAGUGUGGCUCUCCGGUUUUACAGCAGCCAUGCUCACCGGCCUUUCCGCGGCAGGAUGGGCAUGUGAUCAAACGCUGCCCUACUACGCUUCUGUUGGAAUAGUUGGCGCACAUUUGGCUCAACAGAUCUACUCGCUGAACAUAGACAAUCCGAGUGAUUGCGCCAAGAAAUUCUUUUCAAAUCAUCAGGUUGGUCUCAUUCUCUUUCUUGGCAUUGUGCUUGGCACGCUCCUUAAGUCGAAAGACGCAAAAAAACAACGACAAACUGCGCCCACAUCUACAACAGCCAACACCUAUGUAGCGCUACCAGCAAACCCCGAGGUUAUAAGCUAAAAUGUUUUUACAAUCGGUGUUAAUUUAUUUUUUAUUGGCGGUUUUUGUGCGCGCUUUAGACCAAAGUCUGUGUAUAGCUUAAUUUUGUAGUUUUAACACAUAUUGUAUAUAGUUUAUACGGUUUUCUGGAAGUGCAAAAACUUAAAUUAGAGAGUAAUUACACGCACUUUUAUGUCAAUAUAAAAUACCUCAUUAAGAUCACAUAUAAAUUGUAUAUGAAUGGCUCUACUGAGGGCACAGCGUCCUAGCUCCUACGAAAUAUAUUCGCGCGGAGACACUUGACAAUGACAAUAUUCCGCGGAGAGGUCUUUUUAGCGACAAAAAAUAAUUUCUUUACACGAUUUUAGUAAAUAUUAUUUAUUAUUACUAAACAGAUUUUGGUUGUGCAUUAAAAUCCAAAUACUCUCCAAA